UACAAUGUAACUUUCUCCGAAAAAGUGACAAAACAAACAUGACUACUGUAAGAAGCUCGCCACCUAGCUGCAGGGACGCGCUUUCAGAUCACAGUCUCGACCCACUGAUUAUGAAAACACCCGCGCGAAUGUUGCACUGUAUGUCCUAGAGGAUUUGGAACUAGCUUUUCGAGGAGGAGUAACGGAUUUAGUAAUGUAAUCUAAGCAACAUCGAAUGCAUAGUAAACUAAGGAUUGUUGCUGGCGCUAACGACAGGGAAUUCAGCAACACCUUGGCUCUAUCCAGCCACGCAGUUCUGGGACGCGCUCCGGUUCAGCUUUAAGGAAAGAAAGAAAACACAUUCAGACAAGAGACAAAGCGCUUGUAGUCUGCUGCAUUAAGAAAACCUCCUCAACUUGGAUUUUCUUCUCGGUUUGUGAGCAGUAGCUACUAAACGGCACCAGCUUGCCUCUCUCCUCUUCUGGCUUCUGAACGAGUGCUAUACUGGGCACCCCAGCACCCCUCAGCCCUCCCCCCUGAAAUCUCUGAUGGACCAGAGAGCCAAGGGGGGCACCCCUCCACCCACACACACCCCUCUCCCUCUCUCUUCUGCCGCCGAGGACCCCGAAAAGGAAGUGGGGGGUGAGAGGAGGAGAAGGAGAGAGGGGGAGAGAGGGAGUACCGGGAGGAGAGAGCAGGAGAGGGGAGGUGCAGGGCACAGGAGCGAGGGGGACGGCGGUGCAGUACUGGAGGUGCACAUAGAGGGGCGCUGUGGCGCUGCAGGGCAGCGGCAGCUGCAGUUCCCGGGCAGAGAGAACACUUGCUCAGAGGGGAAUGUCAAGCUGAGGAUCGAGAGACUGCAAGCCAAGCGAACCAAGAAACCACCCAAGCUCCUGGAUAGCUACGUCUGCAAACCCACAAUCAGGACCUACCAGAGGCAGGGCAGGGGUGGAGCAAGCCGGGGGGACAGCGAGGGUGGAGGGUCCGGGCCGGCGAAGAGCACCCCUCCACCUGCGGGGGGCGUCAGAGAGCCUGGGCAGAGCCAGGGGGCUGACCUCCACACAUCUUCCUCUCCACCAGAACCACCGUCAUCAUCCUCGCUUCCUCCACCAUCGUCCUCCUCGGCAGCAGAGGGUAUUGCUCCAGCCAGCCCAGGAGCCACGUCAAGCAAGCAGGUUCCUCUCAAGCGGGCAAACAAGACUGAGGUGAAGUCGGAUGUUCCACCUGAGAAGGUCUCCAGCUGCAGCUUGGGCCCUUCACCCCCCAUGAAGCCCUGCGGCCCCCCUGCCUCCCCCACCCUCCCCCUCUCAGCCGAGAAGCCUGGGAGCCAUGGAGACGGGGUCUGCAUGACACCUUCACACCUUCCAGACGGUACGGCUCCGACAGAGAGGGCGGGGGCCGUCUCCUCCCCCGUUACCCCUCGCCCCUUAAAGUCCGCUAAGGUCAAAGGUCGAAAACAAAACUCUUCCUCAUCGCCUGCCCCUGCAGUCGCGAGUGCCGGGCCGAGCCCCCCAGCCGAGGAGCCUCUGACCCAGAACAUCCCCACAGACCGUCCACGCUCCCCAUCCCCCUCCGAGCCCCCUGGCUCCGGCCGCACUGCUCUGACGCAGCGCUCAUCCACCCCGCCCGCUCUGGACAAGGAACGAGCCAAGAAGGACAAGGCCAAGAAGGAGAAAGGGAAGGAGAAGAAGAGAGAGAGAGGGAAGGAGCCAGGCUCUAAGAGGAAGAGCGGGAGGAAGGGACGUGAUGCCAGAGGGAAGGAGGAGCGGGGGAGAGACCCGGAGAGGGAUGAGAGGAGGAGGAGGGAUGGUAACCCCAGCCCAGACCUCCGCAGGGGGACGUCUGAUCAUGCCGAUGCGCCGGGUGUCCCUGCAGGAGCAGCUGACUCAGGGGAAGCCCCCCAGACAGACACACAGCAGCCAGGACAGACAGCAGCACCUGAUCCACCGUGUGACGGACCAGACGAAACCCUCUCCCUGGUCAGCACGUCCUCCCCCUCCCCCCCUCCCCCCUGCGGCCCCGCCCCCCCCCCUCUCGGCCCGCCCCCCACCUCGCCCCCAGACCAGGACAGCCGCCCGCUGAAGAAGCGUAAGGCGAGGCGUCCCAGUUGGACCAGGCUGGUGAACUGGGCACAGAGGCUGGAGGAGGCCCCUCUGGACCCCCACCGAGACGCCCCCUUAGACGCCCCCCUGAAGCCCUCCGCUAAGGCCUCCAGCCAUCCCACAGGUGAAGCCCACCAAAGUCCUCCUCUCCCCCCACCCUCCAUCUCCUUCCCCCUCUCCAGCUCUCUCAAACCCCGGCUAGCAGGCCAGCCUCCGUCGCCCACCUGGACCCAUUUGAUGACCUGUGACCCCGCCCCCCAGGCAGCAUCUAGACACCCAUCGGCCAAGGCCCCCAAAAAAGUCUGCACCAAAUCCCGGACACCGAGCGUUGAUGAACCCCCACCACCCAGACGCUCUUCCAAACCCACCCCAGCCGAAGAGCUCCUUCUCGGGUACGUCGAGGCUCCGGAGCCACCUGUGUUGGACCGAGUGCUGGAUAUCGGGCCAGCCCCCACCAGCCUCCCAGCCCCCACCAGCCUCCCAGCCCCCACCAGCCUCACAGACCCUACCAGCCUCCCAGACCCCAGCCCCCCUGCCAGGAAGCGAGGGCGCCCCAAGCGACUAACCGCCAGCCCCGAGCCCCAGGACCAGAGGAGCGCCCUGCCCCCCUCUGAGGGGACAGAGAAGGGCCAGAGAAGGAGCAGGCAGCUGAACAUCCGCAGGAUCAUCGGUGAGAUGAAGAAGAGGAAGAGAAGGGGGCUCCCCCGACACAUCCUGUCUGGGUUUGGGGGGAGGGAGGGGAGGAGGGGAGGAGAGGAGGGGGGAGAGACCUCCCCUGGAGGUGUAGGACAGACGUGUGGAUCAACAUUAGUCGCGUCACACACUCUGUCCAGCCUGUCGUGCUCCUUCGGGGGGAAACUGGGCCCUCAGAUCAACGUGAGCAAGAGAGGAACCAUCUACAUGGGGAAGAGGAGAGGACGUAAGCCCAAAGCGCUCUCUGCUAACCCGGCGCCUCAGUCAGGCCUGUUCUCCAGUCUCCCCGGCCCGUCUCUCUUCUCCUCUCCCCAGCCCCAUCCCUUCCCCUCCCCCUCCCUCACCCACUCCAGUGGAGCUCAGAGCCCCUACAGUGAAGGCAGCCUCACAGAGCCCACAUCCUCUCUCCUCUUCCCUCACCCCUUCUCCCUGCCCUCCCCCUCCUCCUCCUGCACCUCCCCCCGAAACAUCCCCCCCUCCUCCUCCUCCUCCCUCUCUCCCUUCGCCAAGAGGAGCUGUCCCUGUCGAGGUCGACACCACUUCCCCUUCCACCAUCCGUCCUGCAAGCUCUCCACCCCCCCCCACCACCAGGCAGCCCCCCCCGCCCACCUCAAAGAGGCCACGCCCUCGCCCGUCAGCGAGUCGCUCAGCGAGGAGACGUUGCCUAGCGACAGUGGCAUCGGCACGGACAACAACAGCGUCUCGGAGCGCGGAGAGAGGAGGGGGGGGCGAGGCGGGGGGGUCAUGUUCAGGAGGACCCCAGAGGUCACAAGGUUUGGGGCGGGGCUCGGGGGUCAGAGGGGACCCUCGUCAGCGGUACUGGACCACCCUGCCUCUGUGUCCUCCCCCCUCUCCCCCCUCCUCAGACACGCCCACCCCGUGACCGCCACGGCCGCCCUUGAGCGCCAGCGAGAGAGACACAGACACAGGCGGAGGGGGUACGACUGCAUCUCCCCAUGCUCCUGUCUCUGCCCCUGCCCCGGCCACAGCAAGUGCACACAGCUGGAGUUCUGCCCCUGCCUGGGGCAAAACUCCCUGAAGAGGCUGAAAAACAAACACAAGAGGAAACACCAGCAGCAACACCUGCUCUCGCAUGACCCCGCCUUCCUGUCGGAGCUGGAGGACCUGAUUGGCCAGUUCAGCGAGGUCCACAUUGGGCGCCGGGGAUGGGCCAGAGCAGGACAGGGGCAGAGCUACGAGGGGGCCCCGGGGGGCAGGAGACACCACUCCUCCUCCCAGCAUCACGUCCGCUCCAACGUCUACAGGAUCAACCUGAACGGCUUCUACUCCCCGCACCCCUCCUCGUACCCCCCCCACCCCUACGCCCCCCACCCCCUGUACCCCUGCCAGGCGCUUCACUGCCGGAAGGCCGACCGCCGUCACUGCGGCUGCUCCUCCAAGUUCCAGGAGGCCGUGGACGACCUGGGCUUCUACAGGGGCUACCCCGCCCCCGGCCUGUACCCCCACCCACACCUCCACCCCUCCUUCCCCCUGCCGCCCCCUCACCAGUACACUCCCCACCACCCCCAGCACCCUCACCUGCUCCUCAACCCCGCCCGCUUCCACCGCAGGAGGAGCCGGCUGCCCAGGGAGGGGGAGCUGAGGGGGGAGGGCGAGGGGGAGGGAGGGUCUGUGUUUCCUCCCGGUCACGCCGUCUGUGGUUGCGGCAGGAUGGAACACAAACACAAACACCGUAAACACCGGCACCGCGCCGGCGAGCGCCGGGCCGAGGGGGAGCUGGAAGAGGAGGAGGAGGAGCAGCCGAGGUCAGAGUUCACCAGGGGCUCCGAGGAGGCGGGUAGAAGAGGGGGCAGAAGCGGGGGGUCAGUGGGGUCGCCAUGGCAACUCAAGAAUGGAAAGGAGUCCCCUUCCACCUCCGCCGCCGCUAACACAGCCUCUUCAUCAUCCUCGUCCUCAGCGGAGAGGCUUAAGAACACGUCCCUCACAUGCCUGGGGCUCGGCUCCUCUCACCUGUCCUCGUUUGGUGGCAGCUGGCUGAAGAGAGGGGGCCUGGGGGGGCUCAGGCCCCCUGCUCCCUCCUGGGUGGCCUUCACAGGGGGCCGGUGGACAGGUGCGGUGGGGGGGUCCUCCAGAGAGGAGGAGACACACCUGUACGGCUCCUCCCCACCCCCAACACACACCAACCUCUUCACCUCUGCUGCCACCACGGCCGGAGGGAGGGACGCAAGGACCGGGGCGGCCAAUGGGAAGCCAGGGAGCGGAGGCGUGUCACAGAGGAGGGAGGGGCCAUCGUGGACGGACAGGAGAGGAGCAGCUCCAGGGCCUGCUCCCUGGUGUGGGGGGCAGCUCUCGGUGUCCAGCAGGGGGCAGAAACAUCAGCGUGGCCUCUUGGGCAGUGAGGAAGGCAGGAGGAGGGGGCCUGGGAGGCCCCGGAAGCACCCCCUGGCCCCCCCCACGGGAUCCCCCCCAUCCCCAGAGCCCCCGGAGGCCCCCAGCAGGGGAACAGAAGGAGGAGAGAGAGGAGGAGGGGGGGAUGUCGUGGAGGAGGAGGAGGAGGAGGAGGAGGAGGAGGAGGAGGCGGUGGUACAGGCGAGGAGGAAGAGAGGCCGGAAGAGGAGGAGAGCUGAUUCUCCCUGUCUCCCUAGUUCUGGCGAAGGGAAGCCAGGGAGCCACGCCUCCUCAGUAUGCACCGGCCAAUCAGAGCCUAGCCAGGCAUCGCCCCAAACUCCGUCCGUCCAAUUGGAUGAGAGGGUGGGCGGGCCUCCCAGGAAGACGUUUCAGAGGGCGGGGCUCUACUCAGAUGACUACAAAACUACAGACCCCCUGCAGGGGAGCGGAGAGAGGGAGGAGGACGACCCCGGAGACAGGGACUACAGCCUACUGCCUGCUCCCUCAAACGUGGGGAAGUACCUGAGGCUGAAGAAGAUUGAUUUCCAGCUGCCCUACGACAUCCUGUGGCUCUGGAGGCACCGGCAGCUUCACCAUGACCCUGACACCCCUGUGCACAGGAAAAGAAGCUUCUACCGUCCAAAGGACAGACCUGUGUCCCCUCGUCCCUUCACCAACGGGAGCCCAGGGGACACCAACAUCUUCCCCCUUCUGGACCUGGAGCCCGUGACCCAGCACUGAGAGGUGUUUUGUGUUGAAACACCGUGUGUUCCUGUUGAGGAACCGGGAGCAGAUACGAGAGAGACAACUGCGGCUGAGGAGAGACGGAGGGAGAGGAGAGAGAGAAGGAGAGAGAGAAGGAGAGAGAGAAGGAGAUCUUGACUGCGCCGGAGGGGCCAGAGACGACAGCAUCAAGUCAGGUCCAUGAAGCAAGUCAGCCAAUGGAGGUAAAGGAGGUUGUGUCCACCAACGCCCCCCACUUUAAGACCCCUCCCUCUCUCUGUGCCAGGCCCCAUAGCGGGACCCUGAACACGGAAGAGGAGGAUGCAGGAGGAGCGGGGGAGGAGGAGGUGCACAGGAGGGAACAGCAGAGGGAACGUCUGAACACAGGAGAGGAGGAGGAGGUGCACAGGAGGGAACAGCAGAGGGAACGUCUGAACACGCUGCUCCUGAAACUGAAGCGAGCAUGAGAGCAGAGGGAUGGGGAGGGAGGGAGGGACGGGGAGGGAGAGAGAGUGGGGGGGAGGGAGGGAGAGAGGGAAAGAGAGAAAGAGGGGUAAGCAGAGCAGAUGGAGAUUGGGGUGUGAGGGAGAAAAGGAGAAAAGCUGGGGAAGUAGGGGCUGGAGGGGUGGUGUCUCUGACUCUCUCGCCCCCCUCUCCUCUCCCCCUCUCUCGCCCCCCUCUCCUUGAACAGGGAGGUCUCCCUCUUGGUGACGGACAAGGUCUGCAAUAGGACAAAUUGACAGGAAGUAAUACGACAGUAGUGCCCCCUGAGGGACUGUGGCACUGUGUUUGGCAGAGGAGAAAAGGAUAUAGACAACUGACAGCUACAAGGAGAAAGAGAGAGAGAGGGAGAGAGAGACAGAGAGAGAGAGACAGAGAGAGAUAGAGAGAGAGAGAGAGAGAGAGAGAGAGAGAGAGAGAGGAGAGAGAGAGAGAGAGAGAGAGAGAGAGAGAGAGAGAGAGAGAGAGAGAGAGAGAGAGAGAGGCAGAGAGAGAGAGAGAGGGAGAGAGAGAGAGGCAGAGAGAGAGAGGGAGACUUUCUCAGUGUGUCCGCCUCUCUGUUUCAUAGAGAUCAGAUCAAGGAUGAAACCAUGGAAACGGACACUGGGUGGUUGGAGGCAGAAUCCUAGUGUUGGUGUGGAGGCCAGACACAUGCACACACACGUGCACACACACAACAGCCCUCUGGAGAGACUAGAGGAAAGAGAGAGAGGGAAAGAGAGAGAGAGAGAGGAGAGAGAGAGAGAGAGAGAACAACUUAAACUGAAUUUGCACUAGUGCUGGAGAGAGCAACAGCACACUAAAGACUGCAUGCCAAGUGGACACUAAAAAUAGUUGGGUAGACACACACACACACAGGCAGUUUGAUGUCUCUUACUUUGGCACCUUAAGCAAACUGGCAGUGUUCCAGUUUUCCCUGCUCUCAGAGACAAGGGCUGUGUCUCAAAAUUAAGAACUAGCUACCUCCCCUUGUCCACUUCCCCUGGACUACUUUGACUGAGAUAAUAGGCAAACAGGAAAGGCACCUACGACUUUAAUUAGACCUUCAAUCCAUGAUGUUGUAGAUGAAAUGAAGACAGGGAGCGGAAGCGCUGCCAUGUUGUUGGAGGGCAAUGUCUAGUGUCGGCCAUAAUCCUGGCUUCACUGCAAUAGACUUUUUAAUGAGGGUUUUUGAAUGAGAUUAUUUUCAAAGGGCAAAUUUAGCGCUCUCAAAUAACGGCAUAUAUAUAUAUAUAUAAACACAGUAGAUAUAAAUGAUGGUGGUAUGUAUUCGUGUGCGUAUUUUCCCGUGUUGUGUCUGGGGAGGGUACGAGCUCUCAAGUGAUGUUGUUCAACUUCAGACGGCCUUUGAUAUUGUUUCCCUCUCCUGAGAGAGCAGGAACAAUCAGAGAGAGAGAUAGGGAGAGAAAGAGUCCCCCAGUCGUACUGCUCUGGUGAAGUGCCAUGUAGUAAACAGUAUGUACCUAAAUGAAUGCAGUCUUUAAAGCAAUAUCUCCCAUUUCCCGUUUUGAUUUGAUAGUGAACUGGUGAAUAUGGUCAUUUAAGCUCAUUUACCUGUAAAGAUUUAGUAGUACGAUUAUUCUUAUACAUGGGGUAACAGUAGAAAUGUAAUGGCAUUGAGCUCCAUGUGAAUGUACAUACAUACAUACACAAACAUAUAUACUGUAUUUAUAUAUGCAGUAUAUAUAUAUACAUGCAUAUACAUAGGGUGAACAGAACAAUUAAGCUCAUAGAUUUAUGCACUUUCUCAGAUAUCAGUAAUGUAAUUAUUAGUAUUAUACAGAAGAGGAAAAGCUAAUCAAAGGCCUUCAUUUUACUAAAACGUAUUUAAACAAACUGACCAAUGUGAAAUUGGAUCAAAUAUUUCUCUUUUAAUGGCCUAUGAUUGUAUACAGUUUGACUUUUUUAAUGUUUUGUUUUCUAUUUGACAUGUUCGCUUUUUUCCCCAAGUGGAAGAUGGUUGUUUUUUGUAGCUGGGUCGGACAAUCAGGGAAAAGAACAGAUUGCUAGUGUUGCGUUUAUAUACGAUAGCUCUCUCUGUGGUUUGAGGUGGCUUGCCUGCAUCACCAAACCAAGAAAGUGCCAUUUAUUUGACUGUUUACAUGUGUCGUUCCUCUCAUAUUAAACUGAAAGCACUACAUCAUUGCCAGUGGUUAACUUGUUAGCAAAUAUAAGAUACAAAACCUAUAUAUUUAGUUUGCAUGUACCAUUUCGCGAUAGAUUCUGAAAACUGUAUCGAAAAGAAGAAAAGCAUAGCUCAUUGUCAACGAAUGUCAUUUCAAACCUUUGCCUUUAUAUUGAUGACAAUAAAAUGCAAUUUUCGUCAACGCGA